CCAUUUGUCUCGGCUUCACACUUCAUAGAAAGGGAGUUAGGGUUUUUCCGGCGCGGCGGGGUUAGGGUUCUUCCGGCGGGACUCCAUCACGUUUUCUCUCUGUAUAUUCUUCACUUGACAGAGUAUGACUGCUGAUAGGAUCAGCAACCUUCCCGGCGAUGUGAUAGACCGCAUUCUGAAGCUCUUACCCAUAAAAGAUGCAGCGAGAACCAGCCUCUUGUCAAGAAGCUGGAGGCAUCGUCGGCGAAGUAUUCCUCAGCUUGUGUUCGAUGGUAAUUUUGCUCCGCUCUCUAAGAAAGAUGUUUACUUGCCGAAUCUGACGAAGGUAAUGGUGAACAUUUACGAAGCCAUGCUGGUUCAUGAUGGGCCGAUAACCAAGUUUGAACUCGCAAUUCCUGGAUUUGAAUGGUGUCCUCAUGUUGAUCUCUUGAUGCUUUACCUUUCCUGCAAAGAUGUUGAGGAACUUACCCUUUUCUUUUGGGGUCCUGGAAACCCGUACUCUAAUUUGCAUUCCUCUCUAUUCUCUGCCUUCGAUCUGAAGCGCCUGAAACUGCAGUAUUGUAAAUUUUGUCCACCAUCUGGGUUCACGGGAUUUAGUAAGCUUACCUUUCUCCAAUUGGAAGACGUGAGUCUGCCCGAGGGCUUCUUUGAGAAUUUCAUUCCGAAGUUCCCGCUGCUGGAAGAGUUGAGAGUUACAGAUUGCGACGAUACAGAGCCUGUGUUUGAAUCGCAUUCUCUCAAAGUUCUUUUCUUCCGCUCUAGCUUUUAUAAAAUUUGCUUCAAGGAUACCCCUGCUCUUUCGGUGUUAUCAGUUCUAGAUAUAGGCGAUUUGUUUUGUGGGGAAGGAGAACCCUCUGAGGAUGAUUAUUUGGAUAUGGUCCCUUUCUUUGCAUCUCUCCCUGCACUUCAGCAGUUGAAUCUUGGCAUUCAAUUGCUACUAUUGCUUGCUGCUGGUCGUAUCCCCUACCGGCUGCCUACAGAUCUUCACCACUUAGAAGUCCUGGAAAUACCUCGUCUUCUUUUGGAUAGGUUGCCACAGGCCCGGGUUCUUGUUUGUCUAAUCAUGAGUUCGCCCAACUUGCAAACACUCACCAUUCAGAUUGAUGAUGAUGGUGAUCAUCCGCCUUCAGAGGUUGUUGCUAGCCUACAACAGUUGUUGGAAGCAGACGACCAACCUGGAGUUUUUUGCCUUCAACAUCUUGAAGAGUUCAACAUUCAGGAUGGUCGUGGUACGCAAGUCGAGCUGGACUUGGUGAGGUUUGUACUCGCCACUGCCCCGAAGCUUCGUAGGAUCUCUAUUAAGCCGCACGAUGAGCUGUCUUCUGGAAAGGUUUUGAAAUUCUUGAAGAAUGCGGCAUUAUGUAAACGUAUUUCCAGAGAUGCUGAGCUUAGAUAUGUCUGUGAUGAUGCAGACGAGGAUGAAUAUAGGGUUGAGGAUGAGGAAGCUAUAGUUAAGAGCCACAUGAAGCGGCUCCGCGAGCUGAAUGCUGCUGAUGGGAUUAGCAGCCUUCCUGACGACGUGAUAACGCGCAUUCUGACGUUCCUACCCAUAGUAGAUGCAGCGAGAACGAGUCUCCUGUCAAGAAACUGGAGGCAUCGUUGGAGAAGUAUUCCUCAACUCAUCUUCGAUGUUAAUUUCCCUGGGCCCGAUUCGCGGAAAACUGAGCGCAUUUACGAAGCUCUGCUGGGUCAUGAGGGGCCAAUAACCAAGCUUGAGCUCAUACUUUAUGAUGUUUAUCCCUUGAUGCGUCACCUUUCAGGCAAAGGUAUACAGGACCUUACCCUUCGCUUUGAAGACGACACCAGUGGGUACCCUCGGUAUCAGUUGCAUUCCUCCCUCUUCUCUGCAGCCUUUCCCCUGAAGCGCCUGACGCUCCAGUACUGCAAAGUUAGAGUGCCAUCUUGCUUUGAGGGAUUCAAGAACCUGACCCUUCUUGACAUAGCUUUAGUUGAUCUGCCGAAUGAUUUCUAUGAGAAUUUCCUUCCGCUCUGCCCGCUGCUCGAAGAGUUGAGGGUUUUCGAUUGCACCGGUAAAGAGCAUGUCUUCGUAGCGCCUUCUCUCAAGGUGCUUUCGUUUAACUCGACUUGUCAGAAAAUUUGCUUCAAGCAUACCCCACUUCUUUCAGUGGUAUCAGUCCUAGACGACAGUGUUCCUCAUGAACAUGUUUUUGAGGAAGGCCCCUUUGUUAAUGUCAAUCUGGAUAUUGUCAGCUUGUUUGCAUAUCUCCCUGCACUCGAGCGCCUCGAUCUUGGCAGUGACAUGCUGCAGUUCCUUGCUGAUAAUGGUCAUGUCCCCUACCAGCUCCCUAAACCCGUCCAUAACCUGAAAUUCCUCAAAGUACCUCGCAUCCUUUUGCAUCGGUUGCCACAGGUUCGGGUUCUUGUGUGUCUGAUCAUGAGCGCGCCCAACUUGAAAAGACUCACCAUUCAGCUCGGUGAUGACAACGAGCAUCCGCCUUCAGAGGUUGUGGCUAGUCUGCAGAAGCUGUUGAAUGGAGAGGAUCUCGACCCUGGAGUUUGUUGCCUUCACCACCUUGAAGAGUUCAACAUUCAGGACAGUCGUGGUAUGCAAGUCGAGCUGGACAUGGUGAGGUUUGUACUAGCCACUGCUCCAAAACUUCGUAGGAUCUCCAUCAACCCUCAAGCUAAGUCAGAUAGAGAGGGUAUGCAGUUCUUGAAAGAGGUCACAUUAUGCAAGCGUAUUUCCAGAGAAGCAGAGGUCGUAUAUCUCUGA